ACUAAUGGCAAAAAAAGGGAGUUUGCAACAGAUGUUCACCAAAACGCUUUAGUGAAUUUAUUUCAGAAUUGCCGUUAAGUAUAGAGCACUUUGAAACUAAUGGCAAAAAAAGGGAGUUUGCAACAGAUGUUCACCAAAACGCUUUAGUGAAUUUAUUUCAGAAUUGCCGUUAAGUAUAGAGCACUACGAAACUCUUAAUGGCACCCCAUUUGGACAGCUACUUUGCAUUCCACCAAGCACCUUUGACAAGGCAGUUAUCAUGGAGAUGGUACAACGGUUGGACCUAGGUGGUGUGUAUGUACCAUUCACUGACUGGGACAUUGCGCUAAUAUUGGGACUGAGGUUAGAAGGACGUCCCGUGAUCACAGAUACCUCCUCGCCGGUUCCAGAGUUUAUUAUUCGUUUGUUUGGACUAACCGGUGAUUCAUCCUCCCAAUUGCAGAGAACGUCCUUGGUAUAGUGCAUGAGAAGUCAAAUGAGUUGAUUGAAGAUGUGGCGAAGUUGAUUCUCUUGCACCUAUUUGGCUCAGUGUUAUUUCCACUGGGGGGCCCGUGUGAGCCUUGUGUGGGCCACUUACAUCAAUGAUCUGACACACAUAUCCGACUAUUCAUGAGCACGGUGUGUGCAUCAAUUCAUUGUACAUGGCCUUAAUCGUGUUGUUGGUUGCACGAGCAUUCCUAUGAACGAUGGCCGAAGGUCCUUUUCAGGCACAAUAUUUGGCUGUUCUGCUACUACGAUGGCAUAGUUGUUUGAGCGUAAUACAGUGUUUAGACCAUCAAAUCCCAUUUCUAGACCAUAGCUGUGAAGUGGGGCAAAAUGGGGCAUAGCGGAAACUUCAAUAGGAUAGAGUUAAUUCGGAAAAUAACUGCUAGAACGGUGUUUGAUACCCUAUCCCCAGCCGAUUAUGAGUUGGAUCUACUUGUUAGUGCCCCGACAUUUCCCGACGGUGAUGGUGGAGAGACACAAACUUCUUUUUGUGAUCCAUACAACCAUGCCCCACUCCCCAUUGCUGUAUUGCCCAUCGAAGUUGGGCGAAACUCAGGGCAUGAUGUUGACACUAUUUCAUAUCGUUCCAGGACAGUCGGUGUGUGUGCACGCUGCGUCGAAUCGAUUGAGUUUGAGCAGCUUAGUUUGAAAGCAUCCCUAGCAGCUUAGUUUGAGCAGGUGGUAGAAGGUGGGCCCAUUGGCAUGGGUAGCAUUUGCACGAAAAGACAGAAUGGCAAUAGAUGAUUUGCAAUUGGUCCGUAAUUUCUUGCACAAGGAGAUUCAGAAGUAAGAAUGUUUUAUUGGUUCACAUAACAUAACAAUAUUCAUGCACUGAAUCUACCGACUAUCCUUUGUAAG